AUGUACAAUGCACUGGUAAUGCCAUAUUUUAAUUACUGUGGUGCCAUAUGGGGUAAUAUCAAUAAGGGACUAGCAGACAAACUUCAAAAGCUGCAGAAUAGGGCUGCUAGAAUUCUCACCUUUUCAAACUAUGACGUUCGCUCAAGUGUUUUGUUGGAUGAGCUUGGCUGGGAAAGGCUAGAAUAUGUAAGACUUAAACAGUUGGCUGUGACAAUGUAUAAAAUCCAUAAUAAUCUUUCCCCAUCGUAUCUGAGGCAGAUCUUUACCAACACCUCAAAUGUACAUUCACACAAUCUUAGAAAUUCUGAGUUAAAUUAUUAUGUCCCCAGACCCAGAACUGAGUCUGCAAAAGGGAGCCUACACUACAGAGGAUCUGUUCUGUGGAACAAUACUAGUAUAAAUGUUUUUAAAACUUCAAUUCUUGGGAAAGAUUUUUCUAAUACACCAUGACCCAUUGUAACUCUAGCCUGUGAACAGGCUCUCUGUCUGGGGAAAAAACAUUUGGGUAUUUAUCCCGCAUUUAUAGCAAUAAAAGAGGGCGGUAGGCCUACACGGCGUUUACCUCACGCCAAAAUGCUGCCUGUUCCCAUAAGUUUUUUCCUCUGCUCGGUAGAUUAUGCUCUGGAAGGUUCUACAUUUUCACUGAGCAAAUAUGGUUUUAGCCGCUGGUUUCACACUGAGAGGUCAUGGCAUAAAUAUCGAUUUACUGUGGUUUUUGUCUCUGGUCGGCAGGAUUUGCCCUCUCUGAUGCAAGAGCAUUUUCUUUGACCUCUUUUGAAGCGUAAAGCUUUUUAUUGCGGCUGAAUAAGGGUCGUACUUUUCUCCAAAGUGCCCUCUGGAUCUGAAUAACUAAACGAUUUUCUUUGGUCCGUAAAUGUAAUGUUUUUCUGAAAUGUUGUAUCACGCUGGGCCCAGGUCGUUAGUUUCUUUGCAGAAUGUUUAAAAUGAUCACGGAGAGUAAUUUACAGAUCCAAAGUUAUAAGAUUCAAGUGCAGCUUAAACCGAAGCUACAUCAACUAUGGAGAAUUGCAUUUUGACUCGGUAAACUCCAGCCUAGUGUUUUUCUAUCCAUUAGAUAGUGUGAGUCUUUUGACCGGAGCGCGUAGUUCCUCCCUGGGUAAUAGCUUUUGAACAACAGUCUUUGGAGUGUUUUGUUAUUUCCAAACGCGUGUUACGUGCCGACCGAAAAGCCGAUGUCAAUCAGACCUUUGAACAGUCAGUGUUCUCGCCAAUAAGAACUUGCAUCAGGAUCUGAUGCACAGCGGGUGCCGUGGAACGGCGGUCCCAAAGGCUUGUCCACAGGCCUUUUCGCUUUUCCCUCUCCCUAAUUCCCUGCUCGAUCAAAGGCCUGUUCACAGGCUAUUGUAACUCUUAUUAUUCAUAAUGUAAGUUUUUGUAUUUUUAACAUUAUAGUCAAUAGUUCCUUAGAGUAUUUUAGUCUAGUUUUAAACACGAUUCCUAGGAAGACCAUGUAAAAUGAUACGAUUUCGUGUAUAAAUAAAGAUUGAUGAUGAUGAUGAUGGUUAA